AUGGCACUGACAGCAGAAGAAGUAGAAAUUCACGGGGACGUGUUAGAGACAAUCCUCUCCCACGUCCCACUCCUCCACUUCCCCCCCUGCCGUGUUUCUAAGUGGUGGCGCUACGCCGUCUCCUCCUCCCUCCACCACCACAACCCCCCCAAGCCCUGGUUGAUCCUCCACACACAAGCCACUCGCUUUCCCCACGCCACCGCCGCCCAUGCAUAUGAUCCCCGCUCCGACCUCUGGAUCAAGAUUUCUCAACCGUCAAUCGAUUACGUCUCCGCCCUCAAGUCAUCCAAUUCCAAUUUCCUCUACAUGCUCUCCCCCUCCAAAUUCUCCUUCUCGUUGGACCCGCUCAACUGCAACUGGCGCAGCGUCGACCCGCCCCUCGUGUGGCGCACGGACCCAAUCGUUGCCCGCGUGGGGGACUCCGUCAUCAUUGCCGGAGGCGCCUGCGAUUUCGAAGAUGAUCCGCUGGCCGUGGAGAUUUACAAUCUCAAAACACGUGCCUGGUGCACGGGCCAGUCCAUGCCGGAGAACUUGAUGGACUCCGCGGCUUCGCCUUGGCUUUCAAUCGCCACGACGACUGAGAAACUCGUCGUCGCCGAUAAACAAUCCGGCGUCACUUACUGGUUCGAUCCGGAAACCAAAUCUUGGUCCGAACCGUUUGUUCUGGAUCCCGGUCAACCCAUUAGCAAUUACCACAUCGGAUGCUCCAAUAACAGCCUUAUCCUGGUCGGAGUUUGCAGAAGCGGACAAGCUGAAAGAGUGAAAGUCUGGAGAGUUGAGGGAGAAGAUGUAUCCUGUAAAGAGAUGGGAGAAAUGCCUCAAGAAUUUGUAGCCAGACUGAGGAGCAAAAGUUACGAAAAUUCUCCAAUAGAUAUCCGAGUGAGGGGGAACAUCGUGUACGUGUAUAACACGUGGAAGGCAGAGGAGGUGGUGGCGUGCGAGCUGAUGGGCGGCGGGGGCUGCAGGUGGUGGAGCAUGAGAAAUGUGGUGGGGCGUGAGGAAAUGAUGGGGGAGAGGUUGGUAUUCUCGUGUUCUGAGGUUGGGAUUGAGGAGUUGCAGAAAGCUAUAAGGAUGAAGAAGUGGAGAUUUGAGGAGGUGAACUGCUGA